CCUUCCGGUUAGGGCAUAAACAUUCGAUCGCCAUAUUGGUGACAUUGUUAGUCGAGGGAUAGCCAUCAAAAUCAACAAUCAUCUGCUUUACUUAUGUAGAAGUAUUGAAUUUACUUAUAGUUUUGAAGGGCCAAGAAUACAGCUAAUUUACCCUUCAAGGAAUCUUUUGUGUGGCAUCCGAAGAUGAGCUUCCUUUUUGGAAGUAAAAACAACAAAACUUUCAAACCUAAGAAGAACAUCCCAGAAGGAACUCAUCAGUAUGACUUGAUGAAACAUGCAGCGGUUACCCUGGGAAGUGGUAACCUCCGUCUGGCCGUCAUGCUUCCUGAGGGGGAGGACCUCAACGAAUGGGUGGCAGUUAACACUGUUGACUUCUUCAACCAAAUCAACAUGCUGUAUGGCACAAUCACGGAGUUCUGCUCAGAGGAGUCAUGUUCAGUCAUGUCUGCGGGCCCAAAGUAUGAGUACCACUGGGCUGAUGGACAGACCAUCAAGAAGCCCAUCAAAUGCUCGGCUCCCAAGUAUAUCGACUACCUGAUGACCUGGGUGCAGGACCAGCUGGAUGAUGAAACACUCUUUCCCUCGAAAAUAGGUGUGCCAUUUCCAAAGAACUUCCUGUCCAUUGCCAAAACGAUCCUGAAGCGCCUGUUUCGUGUGUAUGCACAUAUCUACCACCAGCACUUCAAGGAGGUGGUCCAGCUGAGUGAGGAGGCCCACCUCAACACAUCCUUCAAGCACUUCAUCUUCUUUGUGCAGGAGUUCAACCUCAUAGACAGAAAGGAACUAGCCCCUUUACAGGAGCUGAUUGAUAAACUCACCAGCAAGGACCGAUAGAUGCCAAUCCCCAGGAACCACCUGGCUCUAAUGGUUUUCAAUGUUUACAGUGAUUCUGCAGAGUCUACAGUCAUCUUGUGACUUGAUAGAGAUGUAACAAUGUUUUAAUUUUGACUGCUAGUGAUGUUACAAUAUGUUUGAAUAAUGAACUGCGAGUUAUGUAACAAUAUGUUUGAAUAAUGAACUGCUAGGGAUGUAACAAUAUGUUUUAAUUUUGACUGCUAGAGAUGUAACAAUAUGUUUGAAUAAUGAACUGCUAGGGAUGUAACAAUAUGUUUGAAUAAUGAACUGCUAGGGAUGUAACAAUAUGUUUGAAUAAUGAACUACUAGGGAUGUAACAAUAUGUUUGAA